AUGCGGUGUAGUGUGCAAGACUCGUUCUGGAACGUCAAAAGUGGAUGCCAGCCAGGCCGCAGACCUCGAUGCGGAACUGCAGUGUCCGCUGCAAUUUUUGCGAUUGUGAUUGCCAUGAUCGUUCCGCCAGCAUUUUCUGCUCUGAGAAAUAGGUUGAGCGCUGGAGACCUGGGAAAAGUUUCUUGCGCGCUCCCUUUGGGAAAGCUGCGCCUAGAAGUCCCCGAAGGUCGAAUUCCAGUUGCAAUCAUUGCCCCUGGUUCGUUUUCGCCACCCACGCUCCUCCACUUGAGGAUGUUUGAGGAGGCUCGCGACGCACUGGAGCGAUCAGGCAACAAUUUUGCUGUCGUUGGCGGCUACAUGUCUCCUGUGCAUGAUGCUUAUGGCAAAGCUUCUUUGGCACCAGCACAUCAUCGCUUGAGCAUGGCAGAAGCCGCUGUAUCUGACUCAGACUGGAUCAUGGCAGAUGGUUGGGAAUGUGCAUGCCGCGACAGGUGGACACCAACUGUCAAGGUUGUUGAGCGAUUUGCAGCUGAGCUCAACAAGGUUGCAAUUUCAAUUGGAACAAAGCGUCCAGAAGUUGCACAAGUUCGAACUGUGAUGCUUUGUGGUGGUGACGUUCUUCAGUCGUUUAACGACACCAAAAAGACCGGUGAACGCUUAUGGACCGACAAAGAGAUUGAGGUUCUACUUGGCCAACAUGGUGUUGUUUGUGUUGGACGAAGCGAAGUAGAUCUUGAAGCAUGGGCGCAUGAGUCUCCAGUCCUGAGGACGCAUCUUGACAACUUAUUCUUUGCCAAGCCACGUGCGCUUUCAGGCAUCAGCUCCAGCGUGGUUCGGGCGCAUUUGGCGUCAAAUGAAAGUAUCCGUUAUCUUGUACAUGACAAGGUUCGAGACUACAUUCUCGAUCACAAACUCAAUGAGCUGCCAAAUUGGCAAUGA